CAUAUUUUCACAAGCCUCUCCGCUGAAAUGGAAGGGGGAAAAAUCCCAAACAAAAGCUCAGUUUUGACAUUUAAAGCCGUUGGAUAGGCUGCCGUAUAUAAUAUUAUCCAAGUUAAACAGCCGCUGCCGUGCUCAAAUAUUUUCCCCGGUUGACGUUGAUACAUAAUGCAAUGAAUUGAAUGAAUGUUCCAUGGAAAUCCAACUUCUUCCUCGGACCCAUUGCAUGGCUUCACUCUCUUCCAAGCUUUAUAAACCCCUCCUCUUUUCUUCUUCUUCGAAACUUGUACCUUUCUCCUCAUCCUCUCUUUCAUCUUCAAGUACAAGGGUUUCUUCAAGCAACAGCCUCAAGCUCUGUGCUGCUCCUCUCGAGGCCGGUUGGUUGGAUUCUUUGUCUUGCCCUUCCCCUCACGCCGCUGCUGACGAUCCCACCCGGACCAAUGCCGAUUCCACUUGGGUUAUCGGUAUUGACCCUGACCUCUCUGGUGCCUUGGCCUUCUUGAAAAGUGACUCGUCUGGUUCCUUUGCUCAGGUAUUUGAUUCGCCGCACUUGCCUGUUCAAGUUGGCAACAGAGUUCGAAAACGUUUAGAUGCACGGUCUAUUGUUCGGUUGCUUCAAAGUUUGGAGGCUCCUAUUGGUACUGCUGCAUAUAUAGAGCAAUCUGUUCCCUUUCCAAAAGAUGGGAAACAGGGUUGGUGGAGUGGAGGAUUUGGGUAUGGAUUAUGGAUCGGGAUACUAGUUGCCUCGGGGUUUUCUGUAGUUCCAGUGUCAUCUUUGUCGUGGAAGAGAGAGUUUGAACUUGCUGGAGCUGGCUCUACAAAGGAUGAUAGUCGGAGACUUGCAUCAACUUUGUUUCCCUCAUUAAGUGAUAUGUUGAAAAGGAAAAAGGAUCAUGGAAGGGCUGAGGCUCUUCUCAUCGCCACAUAUGGAAAAGGCCUGAGAAUGAAGGUAGACCCAUCACUUCUUGUGGAAAAAUCAGUUCAAUAAUGCCAUCUUUGCAUUGCUGCACUUUUGACUGUUAACCAUCCUCUUAAGGCUGGCUGACUUGAAUGGUAUGAAAAUAGGAAAUUAUAGACUGCUGAUUGAAUAUUCCAUUUGGAAAGCUUUAAUUAAUGUCUUAUGCUCGGUGGGAGGAAGCUCGCUUGACUGGAGUUGUAUAUUAUCAUUGUGGAAGUGAUAUCCAUUAUUGUUAUAUGUAAUUUUGCUUUUAGACUGUUAGCGUAAGUUUUCAACUUAGUUUCAUGUUCCAUCCUUAAGAUGCAAGUGAAAGUAAUUUCUUUCUGUGGAUGUUGGUUUUAAUGUUAAAUGUAGUUCUAAGGCACUCUGAAUUCCAUGAUUA